CAAAGCCCCGACCUUCAUCACUUGACGAUAUACAUCCAACGCCCAACACACACACACACUCUCUCUCUCUCUCUCUCUGCCCAGCAAUGGCGGUUUUGAUGGAACCCUCUUCAUCUUCACUAAACCCAAUCUUCCCUUCCAAUUCUAACCCAUAUCGUCGUGAUCUCAGAGUUUUUAAGAAACCGCCGACCCUUCUUCUCCGCCUCCACUCUCCGGCCCCUUCGGCGGACCCACCUUGCUGCGCCGCCACGCCCCCUUCUCUUGGAGAUCAAGAACCGGCGCCGGACUCCUCCCCAGAACGGACACGAGAUCGCCGGAGGGCGGUUCGCUUGGCCUGGGAGAAGCUCGUUCGGUGGUCCAGGUCCUGGCGCUCCAAGGCCAAAACCGACGUUCUUGAGAAAACUAACAAGGUUGUUGUGCUUGGAGGUGGAUCUUUUGGUACUGCAUUGGCUGCCCAUGUUGCAGGCAGAAAGCCUGAAUUGGAAGUCAGCAUGCUUGUACGUGAUCCUCAAGUUUGUCAGUCUAUCAAUGAGAACCAUUGUAAUUGUAAAUAUUUCCCCAAACACAAGCUACCCCAAAAUGUAGUUGCAACCAGCGAUGCUAAAGCUGCCUUGCUGGGUGCUGACUAUUGCCUCCAUGCCGUCCCUGUACAGUUCAGCUCUUCUUUUCUUGCUGGAAUUGCAGAACACGUUGAUCCUGGUUUGCCAUUCAUAUCCCUCAGCAAGGGCUUAGAGCUAAAUACACUGAGGAUGAUGUCUCAGAUUAUUCCCCAUGCAUUGAAGAAUCAGCGCCAGCCUUUCAUUGCAUUAUCAGGGCCUUCUUUUGCUCUAGAACUAAUGAACAGAUUGCCAACAGCAAUGGUGGUGGCAUCAAAAGACAAGAAAUUGGCAAACGCAGUUCAGCAGCUACUAGCUUCUGACCAUCUAAGAAUCAGCACUUCAAGUGAUGUCACAGGGGUGGAGAUCGCAGGUGCCCUUAAGAAUGUGCUUGCAAUUGCUGCAGGAAUUGUGGAGGGGAUGAAUCUUGGUAACAAUUCCAUGGCGGCUCUUGUUGCGCAAGGUUGUUCCGAAAUACGAUGGUUGGCAACAAAGAUGGGAGCAAAGCCGACGACGAUUACUGGUCUAUCAGGGACUGGAGACAUCAUGCUUACAUGUUUUGUGAAUCUUUCAAGAAACAGAAUGGUCGGAGUCCGUCUAGGAUCCGGCGAGAAACUGGAAGACAUCUUGAGUUCCAUGAGUCAGGUGGCAGAAGGUGUAUCAACAGCUGGAGCUGUUGUCGCUUUGGCCCAGAAAUAUAAUGUAAAGAUGCCAGUUCUAACGGCAGUUGCUCGGAUUAUUGACAAUGAACUGACACCAAAGAAAGCUGUUUUCGAGUUGAUGAGCCUCCCUCAGGUUGAAGAAGUAUGAUUUGUCCGAGACUCUAGCAAGAAAUCCCGAUUUUGUCAAGAAAUCCCGAUUGUCAUUGAACUCGGCUUCGGAACUUCACCAAACCAUUCAUUUUGCAUAGAUUUCUUUUCAUUCGUGUUUUGCAUUCAGUGUCUAUUCUUUAAUUUACCCUUCUCCGAAUACUUGACCAGGAGAACAGUUUUGCAACUCGGGGAUUAUAGUUUUACAAAGUACAGGUCCGAAUUCCAGCCUUUGUCCUCCAAUUUCAUGGAAAUACUUCUCAACAAAUUUUUUCAUAAAACAAAAGAGCAUUUCAAUUAAAUUUCUGGUAAUUACAUGAAAAUUGUUGCUGAGUGCUAGUGUAAGGAAUAUGCCUAGUAUUCUUUGCUGUGGGAGUGGACCUAUAAAUCUGAGUAUCCGGAUCAACGUUUCUAAAACCCUGUUGUGGUAAUUAAAAGGAAAAUUAAUUAACUACUAAGAUGGGAGAGGCACAUGCCAAUCCAAAAACAUAAAUAAAGAUAUCAAAUGAAGGCCAUUUCCAAUUGCUCCCAACUUCCUAAUAAGCUUUUUUGGACCUAUUGAGGUAAGUAAAUAUAUCAAGAAACCUAUAAGCAGUAGGGGCAAAGAAACGCACAUAUCAAUGAUCAAUGAAUAAAAACUGAUAUAACUUUCAUUUUUAACUUCUUUUUAAUACCACUAACCC